UUCGCUUCCCUUAAAUCCUUCUUACCUGAAUUUGAGCCAACGGUUAAGCAGCCUUAACUGUCUGCUUGUUUUCCUUCCUUCUGCAUUUCUCUCUCUCACAUAAUACCAUGGCGGUUCAGUUUAAGACUCCUAAACCCUACGCUCGCCAUUGCCAACUCCCCAUUCUCUCUCCUGCGACCUCUCCCUCGUCGCUCUUUUUCCGAAGAUCUUAUUCUACGGUUAGAAACGACAGCAGAACGCCUCACAGACUCACCUGCAGAUCCAACGGCGAAGAUGAUUAUCUAAUAGACGCCCCUGUUUCGGCUGGAGAUGGCUUCUCUUUUAGUGGAGGAAAGUAUUCAGAUGAGCCGAGUCCAUCAGAUGAAUGGUUUAAGAAAGGGAAAAUAGUGAAAGCUCAUUCUGUUUCUGGUUCUGGUGAUAAGGCAAAAGAUCCAAUAUUUGGACUUACAAUGGGUGCUGGUUCUCAGGCUUCAACUGAUUUAUUCAGAUGGUUCUAUGUUGAAAGUGGAAGUGUUGAUAGUCCUUCAGUUAUACUAAUUCAUGGUUUUCCUUCACAGGCAUAUUCCUACCGCAAAGUUCUUCCCGAACUUUCCAAGAAUUAUCGUGCUAUUGCUUUUGAUUGGCUUGGCUUUGGCUUUUCUGAUAAACCUCAACCCAGAUAUGGAUUUGACUACACAUUGGGUGAGUAUGUAUCAUGCUUGGAGUCCUUAGUUAAUAAAAUUGCCACUGGUAAGGUCUCACUUGUGGUUCAGGUAUGUUUGAUUUGGCUGUAUUUUGACCAACAGAUGCAUUGUAAGAGUAUUUCACUGAGUGAUUUGCGACUCACCAACUUCAAUUUUGUGAUGUCUUCUCAGGGCUAUUUUUCACCAAUUGUGGUUAAAUACGCAAGCAAUCAUCAGGAAAAGCUUCAUGAUCUAAUACUACUGAAUCCUCCACUAACUGCCAAACAUGCCAAUCUUCCGUCAACUCUGUCCAUAUUCAGUAACUUUUUGCUGGGCGAGAUUUUUUCUCAGGAUCCUCUAAGGGCUAGCGACAAAGCAUUGACAAGCUGUGGUCCUUAUAAGAUGAAAGAGGAUGAUGCAAUGGUUUAUCGAAGACCUUACCUCACAUCAGGCUCUUCUGGAUUUGCAUUGAAUGCAAUUAGUCGGGCCAUGAAGAAGGAGCUGAAGAACUACAUGGAAGAAAUGAGGAGAGUACUCACUGAUAAGGAUUGGAAAGUACAGACUACAAUAUGUUGGGGUCAACGAGAUCGUUGGUUAAGUUAUGAUGGAGUGGAAGAUUUCUGCAAUGGCUCAAACCAUAAAUUAAUCGAACUUCCUAUGGCAGGGCAUCAUGUGCAGGAGGACUGUGGUGAAGAACUUGGAGGGAUUAUCUCAAGAAUUAUCAGUGGAAGAACACCUAUCUUAUGAUCCAAAUAAAAGGCAGAAAGAAUACAGUAGUUUUGUUUCUGGCGUCCCUGUUUGUCCUUUUGAAGAAGUCACCUUCACGUACAUAUUUAUUAGAUGGCUAAACAAUAAAAAGGUUAAAAGAAAUUGACCGACCAUUCUGUUCAACAUAUAUACAUUUUGCUUUUCUUCCAAUUUCAUUGCCUUGUAUGGGGCUUCAUCUAAAAUCAUCAAUAAACAAUAGGGUCAAGGGACCAACAUUCCUCAUCAA